UCCCGCCUCGGCUCUCCUUCUCCACCUCCCGAGGAUGCUCCGAGGAGGAGAAGGGGGCGGGGCGGUUAUCCGCGAUGGCGACGCAGUCUUCUCAUUGGCCCCCGGUGAGUCUGCGCCGUGAUGACGUCACGCCCCGCCGCCCCUGCAGAACUCAGCAGCCUGUCUUGAUCCUGUCCCAAAAAGAGCUCGGCACGGCCCGGCAUAAGCGCGGACGCUAUCCCUUGGUGGAUAUAAACGAGAGGGUAGCAACAACACGAAUAUUUUGCUCCUUUUUGUCCCUUUUUUUCCCUUCUUAACAUUCGGAAGACACGAGAGGGGGAAGUGCGCCCACCGUGUUGCGGGUGUAUGUGCGUGCGCGUGUGGGAUCACGAUGAUGCAAAGUGCAGCGGUCCUUCCCACUGAGAGUCCCGUUAAGAGUUUACCGGACAUCCUGGGAGUGCCACUGCAACAGAUCCCUCAGUGUGCGGGCUGCAGUCAGCACAUCGUGGACAAGUUCAUCCUGAAGGUCCUGGACCGGCACUGGCACUCCAAGUGCCUCAAGUGCGCCGACUGCCACACGCCGCUGGCCGACAAGUGCUUCUCCAGGGCCGGCAGCGUCUACUGCAAGGAGGAUUUCUUCAAGCGCUUCGGAACAAAAUGUGCAUCGUGCCAACAGGGGAUCCCUCCCACGCAGGUGGUGCGGAAGGCGCAGGACUUUGUGUACCACCUGCACUGCUUCGCCUGCAUCAUGUGCAGCAGGCAGCUGGCCACCGGGGAUGAGUUCUACCUCAUGGAAGACGGCAGGCUGGUGUGUAAGGUGGACUACGAGACGGCAAAACAGAACGAUGAUUCCGAGGCGGGGACAAAGCGACCGAGGACCACCAUCACGGCCAAGCAGCUGGAGACCCUCAAAAGUGCCUACAAAAACUCCCCCAAGCCGGCACGACACGUCAGGGAGCAGCUUUCCUCUGAGACGGGCCUCGACAUGCGAGUCGUGCAGGUUUGGUUCCAGAACCGCAGAGCGAAGGAAAAGCGUCUCAAAAAAGAUGCAGGCCGCCAUCGAUGGACUCAGUUUUACAAAAGUGUCAAACGUAGCCGAGGAGGGCCGAAGGUGGAGAAGGAGAGCUCGGCAGAUGACGCAGGCCUCAGUGACAGCGAGCUAAGCUUCAGAGACGACCAGGUGCUGUCAGACCUGGGCCACGGCAACGGGCUCUACGGGAGCGUGGGCGACAUGACGAGCGGCGCCGUGCUGAACGGAGGCUUCUCGGUGGACGCGGCGAGCCAACCGUACCACGACAUCCGCGCCGGAAGCCCCUACGGCCUCCCGCAGUCCCCUUCCUCCAUCGCCUCCCUGCCCGGCCACACCCCCCUCCUCAACAACCUGGCCUUCACCAUGGACGCUCUGGGGGCGCAGGGCGGGCCGGGCGGCGUGGGCCAAGCUCUGAGGGCCAUGGCGGGCGGCCCGACCUCAGACCUGUCCACGGGUAGCAGUACGGGCUACCCCGACUUCCCCACCAGUCCCGUGUCCUGGCUGGAUGAGAUGGACCAGUCCCAGUUCUGAGGACAAAAGGCACGCAAGACUUUUUGUUUCCAUCACGCCAGCAGUUUUGGAAAGCCGUUGGAGCAUUUAGUCGAUCUCCCACUUGGGGUCCAUGUACAGUACUGGUACACUCCUGGUCCUCACAAGGACAAUUCAAUGCACCAGUACAAUGACCGUGUCUUACUAGUAACGCCUCUUCCGCUACCGGUGCCACUGAAUGCCUUGUAAAACAAACUAAACCUUACGAGUCAUCCACUGUGCUACACUAGUACACUACUAGUUGGUAGCAAUAGGAGCCUCCUGGAACCGAGUCAUAGCCCACUUGUGGUUUUGCUUUACUAGUGAUCUAAAGUUUUCCAACUAGUAUAUCAAAGUUGCACGGAUGUCAUACAGUACUGUAUUAGAUAAUAUGUUACUAGUAAAACACAGUCUUUCUACUAGUGUGCUGAAUUGUCUUACAAGUAAGGACAAAGAGUGGACUAGAACAUGAAGCCAAAUAUUGUACACACUAGUACAAUGACUGCGUUUUAUUCAUAACUUUUCUUCCACAACUACUGCAACUUUUGGCCUGCAAGUAAACAAUUAGUUAUUACUUCUAGACUACUAGUAGUAGCGGCACUCGGAACACUAGAAGGCCCAAGUAUUUGGCAUGUGUCAUAAUAUAUCCUUCAUUCCAGCUUAGAGUCCAUGUCCUAGUGCACUUUUUGUCCCCACUACACGUUCCUAAUGAGGCAAAACUGUGCACUAGUUGACAACUGCAUGCUUAAGCACAGUCUUGCUUUAUUGGUAACACGUAGUUGUCCUACAAGUAUGCAUAUAUAGAAGUAAAAAAAUACAUUGAACUAAUGUGACACAGUCCCUCUUUUAAUAGGCUGCAUUUUUUUUACUGGCGAAGACAAAGAGUGUACUAGUACGUGUACCUUACGCUGGAUAUUCUCAAUAAAGUUCCAUGUACUAGUGGUGACACUGCACCUCACUAGUAGUAGUAGUCAUAGUGUUGCUAGCAACAUUUUUCCACCACUUGUGCUACUAACACUACAUGAACUACCGAGUAAAUCCAACUAGUAUCCAGCUAAGGUUCAUGUACGAGCACAUAUUUUUUUCUCAAUAGUAGGACCACUUUGAUAUCCUAGUAGGAGAAAAAAAUGUGCAUUAGUGGACAACUGCGUGCUAUAGUACUACAAGUGGCAUUAUAAAAUUCAACCGGGUAAUAUCCAACGAGAAGUACUAGUCGAGUGCAAAUGUCACCUGAAGCAGAAUUUUGCCUCGUUGUUGUAGUUGUCUAAAAGAAAUACCAGUAAGUGCGAUGAAUUGUUCUACUCGUGAGGACAAAGAGUGUAGUAGUACAUGGACCUGAAAGUGGGUAUCAAGGAUAUGGACUAAAAGGCUGCAACGGCGUUCCAUAGGUGGUGGCGUGUGGCGACUGAAGCCCAAGGGAAACUCAACAGUGCAUCUUGCAAAUGCUGACUGGCCGACAACAAACCACAAUGAGGCUCGCUCAAGCGUGUCAGUCCGGAGGCGCCCGCACAUUUCUGACGGAUCGUCCCGAGCCUUUUAUAUGCACUUUACUCUCCUCGCCACUUCGAGGAGGAAAAGGAGAACGCAGGCGAGGGGUAUGCACAAGGCUGAGACAGUGUCGCAUCGGGGAAAGAAUUUUACAAGCAUUGUGGCACAAGUGUUUAUUUUGAAAACCCACGUGGAGUUUUUUUUUUUUCUACGGGCGGGAGGUCGAUGCUGAUGUUUUCAAACUUGUGUAUCUGUGGCUGCUUGACUUGUUCUCGUCUGUGUAACGCAGUGUGCUCUACAGGACACGCGUCAGUGUUUAAUGUUCAAGAGAUGAUUAAGGCCAAUUAGAAAUGACCCGAAAACAUUUAAUUGAGUAUAAACAAAUGCACCAACGUAACAUGGUAAGUUUUUACGAGACGUGGACAUCUUUUCAGAUUUUACAAAUGCAAAACAUUCGUAUGAUCCUACGAUCAAUGUUUUGGUCACCUCUUUUCUAAAGAUGGACUUUGGACCACACAACCUUGAUCAAGGAUGGGAAACUUAAUGAUGAAAAAUGCAUAUUUGGUGUUUUUGUUUUUGUUCUGCCAAGAAUUCGUCAAAUCGUGAAUUGUCAUUCAGUCUUCAUUCUACAUUAUUUCAGUGCAAUGAUUAUUAUUUUUAUUUUUUUUGCCUUGUAUGACUUUAAUCCAUCCAUGCAUUUCUAUCGCGCUUGUCCUCAUUAUGGUCACGGGUGAACUGUAGCUAUUCCAGCUGACUUGGGGCGAAAGGGGUACACCCCGGACUAGUCCCUAGCCCAACAAGGAACCAUACACACUCACAAUCGAAUAUUUGCAUAACUUAAGAGUCAUCAAUGAACCUAAAAAUGAUUUUCUUACUCCCCAGUGUUGCUCUUAUUAUUAUUGAUCACAUUCAUUUUUUUUCAACGAAGCAUUAUUAAAACUGAAAAGCCAUUUCUGGGGGGGGGGGGUGUCUGCUUGGAGGACAACUUGACCUGUGGAAACACAUUGCAGUGCGCCACAUGGAUCUUUGUUUCAGCUCUGUACUUCCCCUCCGUCUGAUCCGGGCUUCUCUUCGUAAUCUACUCAGUGAAGCGGGGAUCUAUCUGGCUGCGCCCGCUAUCAUCCUACUUACUGAGGCCAGAUGUGUUGUCAGCCUGUUCUCCAACGGUCUAGAAAACAGUGGCAAAGCUGAGAUAUCUGGCAGCUCAGUUUGGGGCUUCAAAAGUAAAGCAGAUUUUUGUUUUGUUUGUUCAAAGUGCAAUCGUUCAACCAACUGGAAGAGGAGCCAUAGAUGUGUGAAUGCUCGGAGAUGAGGAUGAACCCCAAAGGCUAUUGUGCAUCGAAAGUUACUUGUUUCUCAGCAUGGACACACGAAUGUCCAUGCUGAGAAGCAAGCACACAAGUGAAUACAGAGGAUUAUUAAAAUGGACAACAGCAAAUUGUAAUCAGAGAUGGCUUGUGUCCAUAAACAAAUUUUUGACCCUGAUUUCACAAAUGUCUUUCCUUUUUCCCAGCCUAUCAGGUUUCUGAAAUAGUCUUGUUUCACUUCUAAGUUUGACCUGUAUAAGAAUUUCAACAUCGGCAUAUAUCAUCAUUGAAACAUUUUUUUUGGGGGGGUUGACAAUUUCUGUUUGGCCUGUCAAAAAACACAUUUGCUGCAUUUUAACUCGACACGUUUUUGCUUUUGUCGACUGAAGAGAUUACGUAAUUAAACAAUCCCCAUUGUUCUUUCCCCUCAUCGUUACAAACAUGUACAAAACAUCCCAAACCCCUUUUUCUGUCUGCGUUGCCUCGAAAGUUUGCAUCUUAAUUGUUGUAAAUUGUGUACAGUUUGGCGUGUUAAUCGUCUUGUUUCAUGAGUGCUAUUUAUUAUUGCCAUGUGUCUUUGGAAAAAGAUGUAAAGGAGAGCACUGAAUUUAUUCAUUUAUGCCUUCUGUGUAAUGGUAUGAACUGUGUACAGUAAAAUCUAUAUGAGGACAAUAAAGAUGGAUUGUC